AUGUCGCUGCAUACCCCUCCAACAGGUGCUCUGAACAAGGGCCCUGGUGGGACAAAGGGCGCUACUCUACAGGAUGCUUCGGGGCUUUUUCACACACUGCAGGGCCACGUGGAUGAUAUUCGUGCCCUCAUACAGUGCGGUAUCUGUAUCCGGCCACUUUACGAGCCGUUCACCCUUGCCUGUGGGCAUACAUUCUGCUACGGUUGCCUGUCUUCGUGGUUCGCUGAAGGGAGAACCAACAACAAGACCUGUCCCGAUUGUCGAACCCCAGUGAAAUCACAACCUGCGCCAGCCUAUUUGGUCCGUGCGGUCGUCCAGUUGUUCACAAGUCGCGCAGAGCUUCUAGAUAAAGGGGAAACAACGGAGCAACACAAAUCCCACCAACGAGAAGAGGCGGAGAAGCUUGAGGCUGAUAAGAAAAACACGAAUCCUAGAGAAGCUGGUCUAUUUCGAGGUAUCUUUAACAAAUCAAGACACCCACCCGGGGUACCGAUUAUCGACCUUGAAGAUGGGGUUGUUCGUUGUCCGCAUUGUUCUUGGGAAUUGGAUGAAACCGGAUGUGUCAACUGUGGGUAUCGCCAUGACGAUGACUCGAUGUCCGGUACCGACUGGCGGAGUGACUCGGAAGAGAACUCUGAAAUGACGGAUCCAUACGAGGAAGUGGAUGAAGACAUAGAAGAUGGAUUUGGGGAAGCACCAGGGUUUGAUUGGGGGGAGUGGUACGACCGAGUGCCUGUGGAAGCAAUUCCACCUGAGCUUUUCCACCCGCGUAUAGUACCUCUUGGCCGCAAUGGUUUCCCCAUUUUACCCGGUAUGCACGACCACCUGGAUUAUGACUCGCACGACUCUGUCCAUGAUGGGGACGAUGAUGAUGAUGACGACGACGAAGAGGACGAGGAUAUGGAUUCGUUCAUAGACGAUGGGGAACCGUCUGAGGACUAUGCUUCGGAUUCAGAUCGAUCGACUGUUGUGGGCCACCCUGAUUAUAGCCAUGAGCAGUUACAUGCCAUGUUCGACGAGUCGCCGAGCUCUGGAUAUAGCACGGCGCACUCAAAUGUAUACGACUUCACUGCGGUACCAGACAGCGAGGAUGAAGAAUCUGAUUCUGAGGACGAAGACGAACAUGAUCUCGAGGUCGGAGACAGAUUCGAGUAUGGCGGCGGCGACAACGACGACGACGACGAUGAUGAUGACGAUAGCAACGACGAUGAUGACGAUGAGGAGCCGAUUCGACCAGCUGUACCAGGAAACCGACGACGCAUACCAACUUAUCACAUAUUGUCGAGCUCUUCUCCUCACCGUCCAAACGGAGCAACUCCCAGAAACCCUGCUUUAAACGGGCUGAAUUCUCAAAAUGUGCGACAUCCUGAGCCAUCCCGAUCUGUAGGCUCUUCUGCUACCAGAGCUAUUGCUGUUGAUGAUGAUGACUCGGAUGAAGGCCCAGUAGCGCCGACGCGAAGGGCAAGAGGCCAAGGCAACCCUCGGCCAUCAGCUCUCUAG